UUUAAACACAAUUCUAUUCGUAUUCUUCAAAUUUACCUUCCAACAGUAGAAAAAAAACAACUACGUUCUGAAAUUCAAGAACAAAUUAUUCAACUUUGCAACAACUCCAUUUAUCAACUAAUAAUACUUGGUAAUUUCAACAGUGUUCCUAAUCCACACUUGAAUAGAAAUCCUCCUAAAAACACUUCUAUUCCAGAAUCUCAAAUCCUUAAAUAUCUAAUUAGCCAUCAAUUCAAAGAUAUAUAUCAACUUUUCUUUCCUCAAACCCACAACUUUACUUUUACUCGCUUAAUCUCAAAUA